UCCGAUUCCGCUUUUAUUUGCGCAGUCGAGAGCGCAAGAAAAGUCUCUGUAUCUCUUUGUCGGCUUCUCUUUCCCUCUCCUGACAUUCUACGAACAUUCCACUUUCUUCUCUAGCUUCUCUCUCUCCUUUCCAUUCUCUGCUACAGCCAUGGCCGAUUGACGAUUUUGCCCUCGAAUCUUCUCAGAUUCCACUCCACAGUCCAAGAUCCCCCUUCUGUCUGGCCCCACCUUCCUCUAUCUGACCGACCGUUGAUCUUUUCCUCUAUAUAGUAUCGUUUCUAGUCUUUCCUUCUUCCUCUCGAGUUCCCUUUUUUCUGUUCUGGGUAUGAGUUUUUCCCUCUUUUCCUUAUCUGGGUUUUGGAGAUUGUAGGGUUUUAGUCAACUGUUGGUUUUGGAAACAAGGAGAAUUGUCGAUGGAGUUGACGGAAGGCGUUGGGGAGAGCUCGUCGCCCCCGCGGGCUUUCGGGGGCUUCAAUUACUAUGAUGUCAGGAAUGAUGUCUAUAAUCGGUUGGUGGAGAAUGGGACUGAGGAUGUUGCGUCGAAUCCAGGGUUUCGCGAGCUGUUGGAUGCUCACUUCAGUCGGUUGCCGCCGAGUUAUGGACUGGAUGUGAAUAUGGAUAGGGUGGAGGAUGUUUUGUUGCAUCAAAAGCUUCUCUCAGAGGCAAAGGAUCCUGAGAAAAGACCUGUCUUCCAUGUUCGUUUUGUGGAGCACAUUCGGACUAGAGCUGAUGGAAAUGGUGUACAAGAAUCCAUAGGAGUCCUGUCUACUUCAAGAGGGUGCAAUAAUACUGAACAUGAAGGAGAUAUGCCAUCAAAUAUCAGCGCUUCUCUGAGUAGAAAUAGGGAUUGUGAGAUUGACUUUGAACCUUGCUCGAAGCUUGAGGACUUGAAUCUGGAUGUAAGAAAGAAUGCCGAGGACAUUGAGGAGAGAAAUCUCGCAGGGACCUUUUCUGGAAGGCAGGACGUGUCACAUGUUCCAGUACAUGAAAUUAUAUUUUCUUCCAUUGACAAGCCCAAGCUUCUUAGUCAGCUCUCUGCUUUGCUUUCUGAUAUAGGUCUCAACAUCCGUGAAGCGCAUGUUUUCUCGACAACAGAUGGCUACUCUUUGGACGUGUUUGUGGUCGACGGAUGGCCUGUUGAGGACACAGAUGGUUUACACAAAGCAUUGGAGAAAGCAGUUGCUGGAAGUGAGGGCUCCUGGUCUGGCUCGUCCCCUUCUCGUUCUGCCAUAGAGAAGGCACUCACCAUCCAACCAAAACUUGGUGAUUGGGAAAUUGACAGGAGAUUAUUGAAGAUAGGAGAGAAAAUUGCAUCAGGAUCUUGUGGAGAUUUGUAUCGUGGAAUCUAUCUGGGACUUGAUGUUGCUGUGAAAGUUCUCAGAUCAGAACACUUAAAUGAAACUUUAGAGGUCGAAUUUGCUCAAGAAGUCACGAUUUUAAGGGAAGUUCAACACAAGAAUGUUGUUCGAUUUAUUGGUGCGUGUACAAAGCUUCCAGAGCUGUGUAUAGUAACAGAGUAUAUGGCUGGAGGAAGUCUGUAUGAUUUUCUGCAUAAACAUCAUAAUGUCUUGGAGCUAUCUAUGUUGCUGAAGUUUGCAAUUGAUGUAUGCAAAGGGAUGGAGUAUUUGCACCUAAAAAACAUAAUUCACAGGGAUUUGAAAACUGCCAACCUGCUGAUGGACACUGAUCGUGUUGUAAAGGUGGCAGACUUUGGUGUUGCUCGCUUCGAAAGUCACGGGGGUGUAAUGACAGCAGAGACUGGAACAUACAGAUGGAUGGCACCUGAGGUUAUAAAUCAUCAACCAUAUGAUCAAAAAGCAGAUGUAUUCAGUUUUGCUAUUGUACUGUGGGAGCUAGCAACAGCGAAGAUCCCUUAUGAUAACCUGACACCCUUACAAGCUGCCUUAGGAGUGAGACAGGGUCUGCGACCGGAACUUCCUGACAACAUGCACCCCAAGCUGUUAGACUUGAUGCAGAGAUGUUGGGAGGGAACUCCUACUGAUCGGCCAUCCUUCUCGCAGAUAACAGUGGAACUUGAAGAACUCCUGCAAGAGGUUCAGGUAACUUGAGAGCAGCCAGACAUACAGCUGAUCUUCAUAUUGGCUUGUGCAUUGUUUUAUGCAACGGUUUCGGAACUAUUACAAGUUGGUAUUGCCGAUGGAGUACCUGACGUGAGGCUUUUUGUUUUUUCUUUUCCUUUCCUUUUUUUUUUUCCCUGUCAGUUUUCCAAGUGCAUCUGAUGGCAAGGUUAUAGAGGUGUACCAGUAUGAUUAGGCAAAUUGAUGGGUCUGUGUUCCCCAGUCUUUUAGUGAAAUGGUGAAAUGGGUAUUAGACUGUCAGUAAUUAGUCUCAGCUGCUGUUUUUUCUUUCCAUAAACAUCUACACCAUACGUUACGUGGGCCUUUAUGCGAAAACCUUUUUUCUAAUA